AUGCCACAAGAAUCCUCCAAGAUUGCCGAUCCCGAUGCGAACGCCGACGUAGCAGCCGAAGCCAUCGCUGAGUCGAGCAAGCAAGCACAGACUGAGUCGGCUGACGAGAGCGGCGACGAUGCGACAGAAACAGCUGAAGGGUCUACCGAGAAGAAGAAGAGCAGGAAGCGCAAGGUCAAGGAUGCGCUGACGGGCAAAGGAAAGGGAGCUGCAGAUGCAUCGGUGGGAGGAGACCUGAGCAAGGACCAGAAGAAGAUACUGCUUGAAUCGAAUCCGGCGCUGAAGAAUGAACUGCAGAGCAAGGCAACCAGCAAAGCCGACCUCGAGCAGAUGAUCAAGAACCUCAGCAUGAACGAGAUGCUCACCGGCCUGGCGCCGCCCAAGAACGCAAAAGACAUGGCCACGCACGCGUUCUGGAAGACACAGCCAGUCCCUAGCUUCGACGAGAUGGCCAACAAGGACAAGAUCAAGGACGGGCCCAUAAAAGAGAUUGAUAUUGAAAAGGUGGACAAGAAUCCCAGUCCAAUGUACCCAGGCUUUGAGUGGGUAACAAUGGACCUGGAGGACGAGAAGCAGCUGGACGAAGUAUAUGAACUGCUGACGAACCACUAUGUCGAAGACAAGGACGCCACCUUCCGCUUCAAAUACUCGCCAUCGUUCCUGAAUUGGGCUCUAAAAGCGCCUGGAUGGAAGAAAGAGUGGCACGUUGGUGUCCGCGCAACCGCAUCUGGAAAGCUUGUUGCCUUCAUCUCUGGUAUCCCUAUUCAACUUCGCGUCCGCGAAAAAGUCCUCAAUUGCUCCGAGGUCAACUUCCUUUGCGUCCACAAGAAGCUGCGCUCCAAGCGCUUAGCUCCUGUUCUGAUAAAAGAAAUUACUCGUCGCUGUUACGUUGAAGGCACUUUCCAGGCUGUGUACACUGUGGGCUCUCUUCUACCUACACCUAUAUCCACCGCUCGUUACUUCCACCGCGCCAUUGACUGGGAAAAGCUGUAUGAUGUUGGCUUCUCUCCACUGCCCCACGGCAGCACGAAAUUGCGCCAAAUUACACGAUACAGAUUGCCAGACGUCACGUCUACACCUGGUCUACGCGUAAUGGAGUCCAAAGAUGUAGACGCAACACUCGACCUCUUGAAGCGCUACCUUGCGCGUAUGGACAUGGCACAAGUAUUCGAUAAAACCGAAUUCGAGCACUGGAUAUGUCCCAAGGAACAACCGAAAGAGCAAGUCGUAUGGAGCUAUGUUGUGGAGGAUCCAGACACCCACAAGAUCACAGACUGCUUCUCCUUCUACAACUUGGAAAGCACAGUAAUAGGAAACAAGAAGCAUAACACCAUCAAGGCGGCUUACCUUUUCUACUAUGGUACUGAGGUGGCGUUCUCCAAAGAGAAGGACAACGCGAAACUGAAGCAACGGCUCAACUUGCUGAUGAAGGAUGCGUUGAUUCUGGCAAAGAAAGCUGAAUUCGACGUCUUCAAUGCGCUGACGCUGCUUGACAACCCCCUCUUCCUCGAGGAGCAAAAGUUUGGCGCUGGUGAUGGUUCAUUACAUUACUACCUGUACAACUACCGCGCCGCACCGAUACCAGGUGGUAUUGAUACCAGAAACCAAUCGAGUGCCAAUCAUAUGGGCGGUAUCGGGUUGGUUAUGUUGUGA